CAUGCACACACGCACACGGAUAUUGUUGAUCAGUGAACCGAAAAUGAUCGGAAAAAUGAACCGGCAGAAUGAAAAACCUUAUCGGACGGUCCGAGGCGAAGAAGACACCGCGGGGGAGUCGCAAUGCGCAAGCAACAUUAAUUAACCUAGGUUGUACGAUGCUCCGCCAGUCUCGCGCUGACGAUCCUAUUAUGCAUGAUCGCGACGCGCACAGGGAACCCGGCCACUAAUUAAACAGCACAGAAAAUCGACACACCGCGACGAGAGCCGAGAGAAAAAAUUCACAGCCAAACGAAACACCGAUUUAUUCUAUCGAUAAUCGCUUGAUGCACCGAUUAUUUGUGUGUGUCUCGCAUAAACUAUACGUAUCGAGACGAUCCACGCUGAAGGAUACGCGACGAGCGGAACCCUCGGCAGAUACCAACGUUUGAAAAAUUUCUCCGCGUCGCUGUCUCCGAUGUCUACCACUAGAGAGUUAUCAAUUCUCGUAAUACGAUAUACGUUACUUUGUGACAGAAUAUAAAUCGCUACCGUUAACACUGUACGAUUGUGGUGUGAUGAUUGAGCAUUAAUUUUUUAUUUUAAUCUACCAACAUGGAUAAAACUCCAAUAUCUAUUUUACAAGAAACCGUUGCAAAAUGCAAUGUUCCUUUACCAGUGUACACAGAGAUUUGCAUGGCUGGAACUCAUCAAACCAAAUUUGUAUUUCAAGUUAAAUGGAGUGAGUAUGUAGCAAAAGGUGAUGGGACCACUAAGAAAGAAGCUAAGCAAAAUGCUGCAAAGGAAAUGAUACGAUUGUUGUCUUUGAAAACUGAAAGUCCUACAGAGAACUCAAGAGAACUUAAUACGUCGGAUUCGUCGGAUGAUACAUUAAAUAAUUAUGUUGGGCUUUUACAAGAACAUUGUCAAAAAAUGAAUUUACCGGAUCCCUGUUACGAGCAUUUUGGAACUACUGGGCCGCAUCAUCGACCUGUAUUUGAAAUACGUUGUACCGUUGCAUCCGAACAUAGCGAAGAAUCUGCGAGCACAAAAAAGAUUGCCAAACAAAAGGCAGCUAAAAAACUAUUGGAACAUUUAUCAAAAAAUAAACCAAUAGACAUCGAUUCUGUGGACAAGCUACAAAUAGAAUAUAAGAAUCUUACGAUAAAUGACCUAGAAUCUGAUGCUGCACAACAAGACAAAGAUAUUUUGGAUGCUUACUGUAAAAUAAAGGAACUGUCAAUUGGGACAAAUGAUUCUUUGAAAAUCCAAUAUUACCAUGUUAUGUUUGCUAAAUUGUGUAGUAACAUUUCAGAAAAUCAAAAACAUUAUUUAAUGUUUUCACAUGAAAUGAAAGAAGAUCACAUCAAUAUAAACAGUACAAUAAAAGUUAUUCAGGACAUUAUGAAAGCAACUGUAAGAAUGAUUGAAUUUAAAUCAAAUAAUAGUGAUAAGAGUAUAGUUGGACUUAAGUUAACAACUACACCUGUAUUGAUUCAAAUUGGUUUAAGCAACAACAUGGAAAAAGCAAAAGAGAAAGCUGUAUUUAAAAUUCUUGAAUGUAUCGCUCUUUAUAUGAAAUGAUGUGUUAAAUGAUGUAUAAAUACUAUAAAAAUUUAUUUGUUAACAAAAUUUUAUUGAGAAUGAUUAAUAUAUUUAAUAAAUAAAGCUAUUAUAAUUAUGUAAUUUA